AUGAAGGCCUUUGAGGGGCGCAGGCGCACACGUCUGCCCAUCGUGCUCACCACUGCUGCCAACUACGAGCCUGACUCUGGCAGCCCCACAUUGGUCUUCCUGCUGGCGCCUGUCAACGUGGCAAGCUCCCGGCGCUUCUCCCUGUUCAACCAUUCGGGCGACUAUGUGACGCACGCAGAGAGGGCACAGGAGAUAGGUUACUCUCCUUUCCCCCUUGCAGUGGCCAAGGCACUGCCCAAGUCGCGCCUGGUGAUGCUUUACGAGGGCUUGGCCAAGGCCCUACCCAAGUCGCGACUGGUGGUGGUACUCUAUGAGGGGUGCGGGGGGCUCUUCACAGAGGCCACACUGGACUCCCUGCGACUCAAACCAGACAAGGCAAGCUCCGGGCUAAGGUUAAGGGUGGCAUACGAGGUGAUCCCAAAGGACAUGGAUUUCCCCAAGAGCCACAACCUGGUGGUGGCAUGGGUGGAUAAGACCGAGGGGGUGUGGUGUGUUGCUGUGGUGGCAUACGAGGUGAUCCCCAAGGACAUGGAUUUUCCCAAGAGCCACAACCUGGUGGUGCCAUGGGUGGAUAAGAUGGAGGGGGUGAAGACAACCGACAGUGAGAGGGAGAGCGAUCUGUCCUCCGUGAUUCGAGCGCAGCCGUGGGCCCAGUACCUGUUGGGGAGGAGUGGGCGGAUAGGGCAGGUCCCCAAACCUUUUGCAGAGGAGAAGCCCAUGGGAGGGGGCACGUACGGCUGGGUGGCAGUACAGGCGGCAUCCAAGAUAGGAGAAUCCCACGGUAGGGGGCGCGUACGGGUGGGUGGCAGUGCAGGCAGCGUCCAAGAUGCGCCUGGUACCAGCAGAGGCGGCCAAGGGAGGCUCAGUCCCAUCCACAUUACUCAUCCACCAAUGCACAUUCACUCCUCCACACCGUCUGCAGAGGAGAAUCCCACGGGAGGGGGCGCGUAUGGGUGGGUGGCGGUACAGGCGGCAUCCAAGAUGCGCCUGGUGCCAGCAGAGGUGGCCAAAGAAACACUCAUGAAGGCCUUUGAGGGGCGCAGGCGCACACGUCUGCCCAUCGUGCUCACCACUGCUGCCAACUACGAGCCUGACUCUGGCAGCCCCACAUUGGUCUUCCUGCUGGCGCCUGUCAACGUGGCAAGCUCCCGGCGCUUCUCCCUGUUCAACCAUUCGGGCGACUAUGUGACGCACGCAGAGAGGGCACAGGAGAUAGUGGCCAAGGCCCUACCCAAGUCGCGACUGGUGGUGGUACUCUAUGAGGGGUGCGGGGGGCUCUUCACAGAGGCCACACUGGACUCCCUGCGACUCAAACCAGACAAGGUGGCAUACGAGGUGAUCCCCAAGGACAUGGAUUUUCCCAAGAGCCACAACCUGGUGGUGCCAUGGGUGGAUAAGAUGGAGGGGGUGAAGACAACCGACAGUGAGAGGGAGAGCGAUCUGUCCUCCGUGAUUCGAGCGCAGCCGUGGGCCCAGUACCUGUUGGGGAGGAGUGGGCGGAUAGGGCAGAUCGCGUACAUCCUCCCCCCUCCCCCUGAGGACCAACCCACACCAGAUACCACCUCCCCCUCUCCCUCCUCCCCUCCCUACCUCCUCCUCGUCGCCCCCGGCGGCUUCAUCCCCGCUCUCUCCUACCUCCCUGUCAUCCGCGCUAUAAGAUCCGCUGCCCCCUCCUCUCUACGCACGCGCCUGUGGGUGGCCGUACUGAAGGAAACUACCGCAUUGGAUCCCGAGAAAGGGAGAGCGUGGGCGCGGGACGGGUAUGAGGCGGCGGUAGCAGCGAUAAAGGAGAUGGGUGCGGAUGUGACAAAUAGGGGCAGCACCUCGCGCGUGUUUGUGCUGGGACACAGCAUCGGGGCGUUUGCCAUGACAGCAGUGGUGAGAGAGGCGUUGCUGGCGCUCAUCAGCAUCGGCGCGUUUGCCAUGACAUCAGCAUCGGCGCCUCAUACAGCUCCUCCCAUUGCUAUGGCACUGGCAGUCAAGGAGCUGGACCCUGGAUCCUCAGGUGCCCCAGGUGAUUUUUCAGGUGAUUCUUCAGGUGGUUCUUCUGUUGCUGCUGAUGCACCUGGCACGACAGCAGCAGCGCUGGGGCCACUGCUGUCCAUAGUGCAGAAACCGUUUGUGAUUAUAAAGGGCAUGAAUCAUGCGCAGGGGGGGAACGGGGUGGUGAACCGAGAGAGGGGCGACCUGGACGCGUCUCGACCAAUCAAGGAGGUGCGGGAGGAGAUUGGGCGGCUGGUUUCGGCGUUUAUGCUGCUGCACCUGCACUCGGGGAACGGCUGGGCUCCGAUGCUGUUGGCGGGUAGGGAGGGGGUUAGUGGAGGGGUGGGAGGGGAGGGAGGGGAGGGAGGGGAGGAGGAGCAUAUGGCUGAGACACAGCGUAGUGCGGUGAAGGUGCUGCAGCGGGCUGUGGAGUGGUCGUUGGAGUACCUGCGACCAGUGUGGAAGGCCCUGGACGUGGAAAGGGGCGAGCCUCACCAUGUGCUGGUCAGUGCUCUCCUUCCUUCUCCCUUUGGCCUCCCCACCACUCUCCCCUCACACACCAUCUUCCACGCCUUCCUGCCCGACUUCCUCCAGUCCAAGCCCGCCCUCCUCCUCGCCUCACAGGAAAGCCCGUUCCAAAGUAAUUCCUCUCUGGGGGGCUCCUCUCAGGACGGCUCCUCCUCGCCUCCUACCGUGCUGCAGUCUGCAUGGCUGCAAUCGCAGGGUAAGUUCUGGCCGUGCCAGCCGCACACCCUGUGGGUCAAGUGCAAGAGCGCUGCUGCUAUCAGGGAGGCUCUUGGCUUGGAGCUUGCUGGGGUAGAGGGAGACGCAGCAGUGACGCCUGUAGGAGCAGCAGGAACAGAAAAGCCCUCUCUUGAAGCCGCGUUUUCGGCAUGGGCGGCAGCGGCGCCAAUGGAAGUGCGCCACGUGGCGGCGUCGAUCAACGAGGCAGCGAUGCAACGGGCUCUGGAGAUGGUGCACCCGCAUGCGAGAGAGAGGUAUGAGAGAGACGGGAAGAAGGUGGUGUUUGGGGAGGACAGGAUCGUGCCUAUCGAUCAGUGGAUCAAAUCUGAUGUGGAGUGGUCAUUUAAGGAGGGCAUGGAGGGAGAUAAGGGGGAUGAUAAGGAGGGAGGAGUAAUUGGAGAGAGAGGGGUUGUGGUGGUGAGGUCUCCUGUUUUGAUUACUGCUGAUGAGAUUCUUCCUGUGGAGUUGAAGGGGAGGUUUGGGGGAAUGCACUAUGUGAAGGUGAUCACCGUAGCUCGUGCAAUGCAAUGGAUUAUGCUGGAUGCUUUUAGAUACCACCUCCCCUCUCCCUCCUCGCCUCCCUACCUCCUCCUGGUCGCCCCCGGCGGAUUCAUCCCCGCGCUCUCCUACCUCCCUCUCAUCCGCGCUAUAAGAUCCGCCGCUCCCUCCUCUCUACGCGCGCGCCUGUGGGCGGCCGUACUGAAGGAGAUCACAGUGCCAGACCAGGAGAAAGGGAGGGCGUGGGCUCGGGACGGGUAUGAGGCAGCAGUGAAAGCGGUCAAGGAGAUGGGCGCGGAUGUGGGCAGUGGCGGGUUGGGCACUCCGCGGGUGUUUGUGCUGGGACACAGCUUCACCUCCCCAUUCAGCGUGGGAGCGUUGCUCAUGACCUCAGUGGUGCGUGAAUCGUCCCUCGCCUUUAUCCAGAUUGGAGCAUGGUACAACUCCCAGGAAACUUCGCUGCUGCAAUUCCCAAGGCCCAUUCUCACCAUCCUCGGUGACAGGGACGGCCAGGCUCCCCCCAUCACCAUGGCGCUAGCAGUCAAGGAGCUGGACCCUGGAUCCUCAGGUGUUUUUUCAGGUGAUUCUUCAGGUGGUUCUUCUGUUGCUGCUGCGCCUGGCAGCGCAACAGCAGCAGCGCUGGGACCACUGCUGUCCACUGUCCAGAAACCGUUUGUGAUUAUAAAGGGUAUGAAUCAUGCGCAGGGGGGGAACGGGGUGGUGAACCGAGAGAGGGGCGACCUGGAUGCGUCUCGACCAAUCGAGGAGGUGCGGGAGGAGAUUGGGCGGCUGGUUUCGGCGUUUAUGCUGCUGCACCUGCACUCAGAGAACGGCUGGGCGCCGCUGCUGCUGGCAGGCGACAGAGGGUUGAGAAUGGGAGUCAAUGCGAGCAGUGGAGGGGAGAAAUUGGAGGAGAGUGCGGUGGCGCUGCUGCAGCGGGCUGUGGAGUGGUCCUUGGAGUACCUGCGACCAGUGUGGAAGGCCCUGGAGAUGGAGAGACACGAGCCUCACCACGUGCUGGCCUUCCCCAGCCCUCUCCUCACACACCAUCUUUCAUGCCUUCUUACCACACUCAACCCAUUCACGUUCCCCUCCUCUCCCACACCUUCCCACAGGACGCCAUUCUCUCCCACGCGGGCCUACCAACAUCGCUCCCCUCGCACACCCUCGUCCAUGCCUUCUUACCAGACUUCAUCCGCUCCAAGCCUGCCCUCCUCGCCUCUCGGAAAGAAAAUCUUUCAGGCCCCCGGCCAGGAGGGCUCCUCUCAGGAAGGCCUCUGCCAGGAGGGCUCCUCUCAGGAAGGCCCCUCACAGGAGGGCUCCACCCAAUUCUCCUCUCCUCCAACCGUGCUCCUCCUCCAGUCCGCAUGGUUGCAGUCUCAGGCAGCAGCGCCAAUGAGAGUGCGCCACGUGGCGGCGUCAAUCAACGAGGCAGCGAUGCAACGAGCUCUGGAGAUGGUUCACCCGCAUGCGAGAGAGAGGUACGAGCGAGAGGGGAAGAAAGUGGUGUUUGGGGCGGAUAAGAUAGUGCCAAGUGAUGUAUGGAUCGCAGCUGAUGUAGAGUGGUUGUUUGGGGAGGGAGAGGAGGGAAUGGGGGGAGCAACGGAGGGAGGGAAGGGAUUCAAGGAGGGGAUGAAGGAGGGGGAUAAGGAGGAUGAGGAGGAAAGAGGUGCAGAUGGAGGGAGAGGGGUUGUGGUGGUGAGGUCGCCUGUUUUGAUUACUGCUGAUGAGAUUCUUCCCGCAGAGUUGAAGGAGAGUUUUGGGGGAAUGCACUAUGUGAAGGUGAUUACUGUAGCUCGUUCCCCCCCACUCCCGUCCCCCCCAUUCCCCACCCCCUUUCCCCCCCAUUCCCCACCCUCCUUUCCCCCCCUUCCCCUCCCUUUCCCCCCCUUUCCCCCCCUUCCCCCCCCUUUCCCCCCCUUCCCCCCCCUUUCCCCCCCUUCCCCCCGCCUUUCCCCCCUUUUCCCCCCUUUCCCCCUCUUCCCCCCCCUUUCCCCACCUCCCCCCCCCUUCCCCCCCCUUUCCCCCCUUUCCCCCCCUUUUCCCCCCCUUUCCCCCCCCUUCCUCCUCUCCCCCAUCUUCGCCUUUCCGUCUCUCCCCCGCUGCGCUCCCCGGCGCCACUUCAGCUACCCUGCGUGUGCGCGCUGCACGCGCUCGCUGUCGGAGUACACGGUGAGGGGCCAGCAGGUCGCCACGUGGCGCCCGUGGCCGUGCAGCGAGUGCCAGCUGGCAGACCGCUCCGCGAAGCCGCUUGAGACCAUCGAGCGGCAGACACAUCUGUUCAAGCUCAAGGCCAAUUCCAUCUUCCAUGUGUCAGUCGCCCCUCUCCCUUCCCUUCUCAUCUACCCCCCUUUUCCCACCGUCCCUCCCUCUUUCCCUCUUUUGCAAUACUCCCAACACACGUCAUGGCAGCUGUUGCUGGUGAUCCCUGGGGAGUCCCACCCAGUGUCUGGUGUGGCGUUUGACAAGGCUCUCAGCCCCUCUCCUCUUUCCCCACUUCCCCCUCUUCUCUCCACACGGCAGCUGCUGCUGGUGCUACCAGGGGAGUCCCACCCAGUGUCUGGUGUGGCGUUUGACAAGGCGGCUCAGCCCCUCUCCUCUUUCCCCCCCUCCCCCUCUUCUCUCCACACGGCAGCUGCUGGUGGUGCUACCAGGGGAGUCCCACCCAGUCUGCUGCUGGUGCUACCAGGGGAGUCCCACCCAGUGUCUGGUGUGGCGUUUGACAAGGCGGCUCAGCCCCUCUCCUCUUUCCCCCCCUCCCCCUCUUCCCUCCACACGGCAGCUGCUGCUGGUGCUACCAGGGGAAUCCCACCCAGUGUCCGCAUGUGUGUUGUCGGAGCUACUGUGUGGCAUGGCAUGCCGCGUGCAGAUGAGGGACGCCGUGCGGGGCACUGGCCACGAGACCAGGCUCACUCGCAUCGUCCCACUCCCCCUCCAGCACACGCUGCACUCCCCUGCUCUCCCUCCGCACUCGCUCCCACACACCACGGAAGCGUCUAG